UUUCUUUUUCUCCUCUCUCAUUCUCCUUGUUUUUGACUCCUUUCCGCUGCCCGAUUGCCUUCCAAACCCUAACCCUAGCAUCGGCUCGUCAGACCUCCGGCUAUGGAGGCGGUGGUGGAGGGCCUAUGGUCGCUGGCGGAGGAGGCGGAACUCCGCCGCGAUUACGGCGCGGCCGCCAAGUGCCUGGAGUCUCUCCUGCAGUGCGGAGCCUCUCUACUCCCCCUCGUGGAGAUCCGCACCCGCCUCCGCCUCGCCCACCUCCUCCUGUCCCGCUCUCACAACCUCAACCACGCCAAGGCCCACCUCGAGCGCGCCCUCCUACUCCUCUCCUCCGCCCGCUCCGCAGCCCUCCACCUCAAGCUCAGCGCCCACUCACUCCUCGCCCGCUGCUACCACCUCAUCGGCGCCAUCCCUUCCCAGAAGCACAUCCUCCUCCGUGCUCUCGACCUCCUCUCGUCCUCCGCUGCCGGCGGCUCCCUCCCUCCUGCUGCCACCCUUCUUUGGUCUGCGAAUUUUUAUUCCCAUCUCGCUUCUACCCUCGUCAUCGACGGGGAUCACCCUGGCGCUCUCUCCGCUCUCUCCUCUGGUUUUGGGGCAGCUGCGGAGCUCCGCAGCUCUGAGCUGCAGCUCUUCUUUGCAGCCUCUGCCCUCCACGUCCACCUCCUUCACUGGGAGGACCCACCGUCCGUCGAAGACACUGUCCGCAAGUGUCUCGAGCUGUGGGAGUCCAUUCCAUUCGACCAGAGACAGCACUACAUUGGAUUGUUCUUCUAUAACGAGUUGCUCCAAACCUUCUAUUUGCUGAGGAUUUGUGACUAUAAGGGUGCAGCUCAGCAUGUUGAAAAAUUGGAUGCCGCCAUGAAAAGCGAGCAGCAGAAGGUUCAGCAUGUGAAAGAAUUAAUUGCAGAGCUGAAUUCUGUGAACAGGAGCCUCUUCCAAUCUAAUUUACAGCGGAGAGAUAGGUUGUCAUUGUACGAGAAGCAGAGCCAGCUUCAGGAGCAGUUGAGAAUGGCUACUGGGGUGGACUCCACUAACAAGUUGUUGGAUCUUGAUGACAAGUUGCUAUUGGCACCUCCACCAAUGGAUGGGGAGUGGCUUCCGAGAGGUGCUGUCUCUGCAUUGGUGGAUCUCAUGGUUGUCAUGUUGGGUCGCCCAAAGGGGGUAUUUAAGGAGUGUGGAAGGCGGAUACAGUCUGGACUGCAGUUAAUUUAUGAGGAACUAGCGAAAUUAGGUGUCGUCGAUGGUAGGAGAGAGGUGGAUUUGCAGCACUCAGCAAUCUGGAUGGCUGGGCUGUAUCUGAUGCUUCUAAUGCAAUUCCUGGAAAACAAAGUUGCAGUAGAACUUACUCGGUCGGAGUUUGUUGAAGCUCAAGAGGCAUUAGUGCAAAUGAAGGAUUGGUUUGUUCGUUUCCCAACAAUCUUGCAAGGAUGUGAAAGCACUAUUGAAAUGCUUAGAGGGCAGUAUGCUCACUCGGUUGGUUGCUUUCAUGAGGCUGCUUUCCAUUUUACUGAAGCUACAAAGCUUACUGAAAGCAAAUCUGUGCAAUCUAUGUGCCACGUUUAUGCAGCUGUCUCCUAUAUCUGUAUUGGAGAUGCUGAAUCAUCUUCAAAGGCCCUGGAUUUGGUAGGGCCAGUUUUCAGAAUCAUGGAUUCGUUUGUUGGAGUGCGGGAGAAAACAUGUAUCAUCUUUGUUUAUGGACUUUUGUUGAUGAGGCAACAUAAUCUACAAGAGGCACGAAUUCGCCUUGCCAGUGGCUUGAAAAUAGCACACCAACAAUUGGGCAAUAUUCAACUUGUUUCUCAGUACUUGACAAUUCUAGGCACUUUGGCCCUUCAGUUACAUGACACUGGACAAGCUAGGGAGAUAUUGAAGUCAUCAUUAACACUUGCAAAGACACUCUAUGACGUUCCAACUCAGAUUUGGGUCCUUUCUGUCUUAACAGCUUUAUAUCGAGAAAUAGGCGAGAGAGGAAAUGAAAUGGAGAACUCAGAGUAUGAAAGGAAAAAGGAAGAUGACUUACAAAAGAGGCUAUCUGAAGCUCAUUCACGCAUUCAUCACCUGGAACUGAUUGAGAAGGUGAUGGUCAAAGUUCAGCCACUGCAUGAAGUUGCAAUCCGAAAAGCAAUUGCUGGUCCAUCAGCAAAGGUUGACCUCGACAUCCCUGAGUCUGUCGGUUUGCCGUUCCCCCAACCUGCUGCCUCUGCAUCAAGGUUAGGCGAAUUUGAUUUAGUAAGACGUGGCAAAAUGAAGAUGUAGCUGCAUCCUUGACAGGUAAAACUUGAUAUCAUGGGCAACAAUACAAGAUCAUAUGUUGCACGGUUUGAUUCUGUGUUAAUAGUGUCAUAAAAAGGCCUUCAGGUUGUGUACAAGUUGUUCAUUGUGUCUAUUGAAAUGUGAUGAUUUUUUGUAUAGUAAA